UCCGGAUAAAAAAAAAACAGCGAUGCUGGUCUGUGACCUAUUGCAAUAAAAACGAAGAAAACAGGUACCGGCACACAGGUGCAAUUCAAGUAGGGGACUUAACCCUUACGUGUUUAUUAAGUCGACACAACGUUUCGGGGGCACCUCCCCCUUCGUCAGGUGACGUCAGGUGCAAUAAAACCAGCAUUUUUAUCCGGAGUGUCGCUUUUGUUGUUCAAGUAUGUCUUAUUACAAAUCGAACACUGUUGGCAGAGCAUCCGGCAUUUGGAGGUGCAUUACAGAGAACAGAGGAGGGCCAAGAAGAGGAGUGGAAGAGGGGCCUAAAUAUUUAAGAGAGGCCGGGUUAAUUGAGAAAUUAAGAGAAUUUGGCAAUGAUGUUCGAGAUUGUGGGGAUUUGGAUUUUCCUGAUGUGCCUAAUGACACACCAUUUAACAAUGUGAAAAACCCACGUACAGUUGGGAAAGCUACAGAAAUAUUGGCCAAUGCUGUCACAGCAGUAAAGAAAGCUGACAAGACAUGCCUAACCAUUGGGGGAGAUCACAGCUUGGCAGUGGGAACGAUUGCCGGUCACGCAGCAGUUCACCCUAAUCUCUGUGUUGUGUGGGUGGAUGCCCAUGCAGAUAUCAACACUCCGUCCACAUCACCCAGUGGCAACCUUCAUGGACAGCCGUUAUCUUUUUUAAUGAAAGAACUCAAAAGCAAGAUGCCGGCUGUUCCAGGAUUUGAGUGGGUGAAACCAUGUCUCCGUAGCAAAGACAUUGUAUACAUCGGCUUAAGAGAUGUGGACCCAGGAGAGCAUUACAUUCUGAAGACACUUGGUAUAAAAUACUAUUCAAUGUCUGAAGUGGAUUAUCUUAAAAUAGACAAAGUAAUGGAAGAGACACUUGAAUAUUUGGUUGGCAAGCAUAAGAGACCCAUUCAUUUAAGUUUUGACAUUGAUGGACUGGACCCAAGCAUAGCCCCAGCUACUGGAACCCCUGUGCCUGGAGGACUGACUUACAGGGAAGGCAUGUACAUCACAGAACAACUUCACAAAACAGGUUUACUUUCAGCAGUGGACAUUAUGGAGGUGAACCCAUCGCGCGGAGAAACUAAGCGAGACGUUGAGGUCACAGUUAAAACUGCUCUUGAUAUGACUUUGUCAUGCUUUGGGAAAGCACGCGAAGGAUUUCAUGCAUCGACCAUGAUGCUUCCAGAUAUUUUCUAAUUACACAAUAUUGUAUAUAGCAAGUGUACAAAUAAAGCACUCGGGAUGAAGCACACAAUUUGACUAGUCCCAUUUUAAAAAAAAAUGCAUUUUACACCUUCAAAAACAAAUAUGAUUUAAAGGGGAUGUACAGCUUAAAAUUAACAUAUGAUACGAUUGUUCAGAUACAGUUGUCCAUUAUAUUUGGAAAUGAUCUAUCUGCUGCUUUUGCAAUGUUCAAAGUCUACAACUGAGGUUUGGAAUUCACUAGAUUCCCAGUUACCAUAACAAUUUAUUAUUUAUCUCUGACGAAUCCUCAUUUUCUCUGCUGGCAUAUACAGCCAAUCAAGCCUUCUACACCUCAUAUGUAUUUUGCACUGGCGCCCACUGUAUCAGCCUGCAUCAAAUUUUGGUAUCAAAAUCUGCUCAGAACGAGUGUCUGUCAAUACACAGAUAUACAUACAUACAUACAUACAUACAUGGGAUUGGAAGGCAGCUGAUUGGCUUCUCCUGUGUGCCAUUAGACACAUAUAGGUUAAAUAGUAGCCAGGACAUGCUUUACUUUUUGUUAAAUAUGAAAUUGCAUAUUUUUAAAAAUCAAUAUGAUUAUAUUAAGCUGGCAAGGCAGUGUUUUCACAUUAGUACAAUUAUCUCUGCUUUAAAUGAAAUGUGACUCCUAAGGAAUGUGUAAUUUACUCUGAAGCUGUGUAAAUUCUAUAUUUUUAAUAAACAUUUAUGUUGAAAUA